AUGGACUCGGAAGCGGUCAAGAAGGCCAUCAUCCGGCAAGCGCUGCAGGCCACCAACACGGCGAACGCGCGGACGCUGAUCGAGAACAUCAACGAGAAGUGCUUCGAGCGCUGCGUGCCGAAGCCAGGCAGCUCGCUGUCCAGCAGCGAGCAGACGUGUCUGACGCAGUGCAUGGAGAAGUACAUGGCGGCGUGGAACAUCGUCAACGCGACAUACAUCCAGAGGAUACAGCAGGAGAUCGGCAACCAGAGCAUCACGAACGCAUAG